AUGCGUUCUUUUCCUCUCUUUCUCACUGCUGCUGCGCUCGGCCUUGUCAAUGCAGGCAAAUCCGAGUCCGAUAUCGUCGUCACCGUCACGGCUACUCGAACUCACUCAGUCUGCCCAUUAACCUCAAUUCUGACCUGUGAUGCUCCUGAUGCUACUGGCGUGAGAGGUAAUGGAAACGGUGGUCACCCUGGCAAGGGGAACAAUGGCGCCGAAGAUGCUUGGGCGUCAUUGUGGGAUGCAGAGAAGACCAAAUACACAGGCCAAUGGGACGACUGGAAUAAUGUUCCACCCACGGAUACCGAAACGACAGUUUCACCCACCUGGACCGCUUCCACUACUGAUGAUACUAAUCCUGCUACGACCACAAGUGGCUCUGAAGGCUCUGGUGGCCAUGGAGGCCUUGGUUCUUCAACGACUAGCUCUGUGCAUGGUACUUCAUCCGAAACCUCACCAAGCAGCGGAAAACCAAGCGGCAGCACCACCGCCAGCGCCAGCUACGGUACUACCUCUAACACUGGUAGCAAGACUGGCACUGGUCCUGGCACUGUUUCAACAAGUUCCCUGAGUGCCAACAAGAGCUCCAGCUCUAUCAGCGGAUCAAAGACGAGCUCUACUGGCUCUUCGGCCACAGCUUCUGCCAGCAAAACCACCACCAGCGGCCUCUGCCCUGCUACUUCAACUCCAGUGUCCAACUCAACUGACAUUUGCAACACCGCCACUGAUCGAUCCAAGUGGUGUGAUGGCAAAGAUCUCGACACCGAUGUCUACACCACCAACUACUUCACCGGUGUCACCCGAAGCUACAACUUCACCAUCACCAACACCACCAAGAUUUUCGAUGGAACUGGCCCCAAGCUUGCUCUUGCAAUCAAUGAUCAAGUUCCAGGACCCGUCAUUGAGGCUAACUGGGGGGACAUGAUCGAAGUCACGGUCAUCAACCAAAUGCAAGAUAACAGCACUUCCAUUCACUUCCACGGUAUCCGUCAAUUUGGCACCAAUGAUCAGGAUGGUGUUCCCGGUGUUACCGAGUGUGCUAUUGCUGGAAAUGGUGGCUCUCGCACAUACACUUGGCACGCAAGCUCGUACGGAACUUCGUGGUAUCACAGCCAUUCGUUUGCUCAAUACGGUGAUGGUAUCCGUGGACCCAUUGUCAUUCAUGGACCCGCUACUGCCAACUAUGAUCUCGACAUGGGCACUGUCAUGAUUGACGACACAUUCCCGGUCUCCGCUGCUGCUAUGGCUUCUCGUAUCGCCCACGUUGGGCCCGCUGGCUCUUUCAACACCUUGUUCAAUGGCAAGAAUAAGUCUCCCGAUGGCAGCGCCGGCCAAUCCUUUGAGUGGUCUGUCAAACCUUGCAAGAAGCAUUUGUUCCGCAUCAUCAACAGUUCCGCGCAAAAUGCCUACAUCGUUGGAUUCGACAAGCACACCAUGACCGUUAUUGCCGCUGAUUUCGUCCCCAUAAUUCCUUACAAGACCACCACGCUCAACAUUGCCAACGGUCAACGAUAUGACGUUAUCGUGGAGAUGGACCAAGCCCCAAGCAGAUAUUUUGUUCGUGCCGUUAUCCAAACUCAAUGUCCUUCUGGUGGUGCCAACUCUGGGUUGGGUAUUGCCAACGCCAUCAUGACCUAUGAGGGAGCCAACUCUACCGCGACCGUUAUUUCCCAGACUGCCAUCACCAACGUCACUGCCGACAUUUGCCAGGAUGAACCUCUUGCUUCCUUGGUGCCACACCUUGAGAAACCUGCAGGUACCUUGACUUCCUUCCAAUCAUCUGCAUCGACCAUCCCUGCUGGAUCUGUAACGUCCGUUGCCACCAAUGAUGAUGGGACUGUCUUCCAAUGGUAUAUCAACAAUGCGGCCAUCAAUGUCAACUAUAGUCAACCAACUCUCCAGACGAUUGCGGACGGUUCCUCCAACAACCUCAUCAGCAACCCGGUCAUUCUCAACAAAGCCAACCAAUGGGUAUACUUUAUCAUUCAGAACCAGUUCUUCGCUUCUCACCCCAUGCAUGUCCACGGUCAUGAUUUCUCUGUUCUCGGCACAGGAAUCGGUAAUUUUACUUCGGACUCAGUCAAUAGCUUGAACUUCAACAACCCUAUGCGUCGAGAUACUGUCAUGUUGCGAGGUUCUCCAGGAGUUGGUCAGCCCGCGGGUUGGACCGUGAUUGGUUUUGAGACCAAUAACCCUGGCGCAUGGCUCAUGCAUUGUCACAUCACAUGGCACGUCGACGGUGGUCUUGCUCUUCAAUUCGUUGAACGACCUGACGACAUUGAUGCUGAAGCAUUUGUUGGCAAGAAAUCGUACAAGGAGGAAUGCUCUGCUUUGGCUGCCUAUGAAGCUGCAAACCCUUACGGUGCUAAACUCACGGGCCAAUCUGGUUUGAAGAAACGAACCACGUAUGAGGAUCUGGAUGUCAGGAAAUUCCAAGCUGGAGCCAAGAUGCACAUUGACAAAUUCCGCAAGCGAUAUGCUUCCCGCCGCCACGCUCACUAA